UUCAGACACGUCAUUGCUGGAUGAGGAGACUAAAACGGAAUUGGGAUCUCUUCACAAUAACUUCAAAAUAAGAAGAAAGUAACAAAACAAAAGAGGCACGACAUCCAGUGCGUGACGUUUAGGAAAACUCGUAAGCUACUCUUAUUGUUGUUGAUUUGGAGCUUGUGAGAAGAUAAACGAGUUGACUUGAUUCUAUCGUACGGUUUUUGCACCUUCUCUGGAUGUGGUCGCACAGUUUUUCACGUGAAAGUAGAGUGAAUUUCGAAAGGACUUAAUUUAAUGGUAAUUACACAUUGCUGGCGGUACUGGGGCUGCAUCCGGAACACACGCGAAGAGAGGAGGAGAGCAGAGAGGCGUGCGCUUCUGGUGUAUAGAUGGGGGGGAAGGAGAAUAAGUAGAGCCUUCUAUUUCCAUGUAAAUAAUGACUUACCGUUGAGCUUUCUUUGAGGAUUUAACGGCAUCUGCAACAACAAAAAAACGUUUGUUUGAAAAAAGUUGACAGCUCAUCUUCCAUGGAGUCUCAUUGCAAUUUUGGAGACUUGAUGUGUGACAAAAACGGACCGCACAAACGGAUUGAGUUCCAGGAUUACGGUUAUGUGUUGCGCCACAGUAAAAUGUAGCCUGACAUGUUUUAUUGGUGCUUAUGGAACCUUGAAUGUACAUUUUUCAUAAAACAGGCAGAAGCCACGUUUCAUGUGUAAAGACACAGACAAUGUAUUCAUUUUGUUGUUAUGAUGCGAAUGCAUUUCUAGUCAACAAUGUUUUGGGAGGAGUCGUGAUUAUGUCUACAUUUCUAUCACAGCCCAAAUCGUCAUGCGACACUAUUCUGCAAGAUGAUCGUUGUGAUGAGCAUGGUGACCCAACCUCCAAAUGAGCUUGUCCCCAGGCAAGAGGCCAAGGCUACAUUUCCCAUCUAAUUGUCCUGACUUCAGGUGAUUGGAACUAUGGGGUGAUUUCCAUCUCUACAAGCUGACAGAAACAUGGAUUUGAACUUCUCCAUGGUCCGUGAUAGCGAUAAUUUGCCAGAGAGAAACUCAUCCAAGCGCGUUCUGACAGGCUGCUUUCUCUUUGCGCUCAUCCUGACCACACUGCUAGGGAACACACUGGUGUGUGUUGCCGUCACCAAGUUCCGCCACCUGCGUUCAAAGGUCACCAACUUCUUUGUGAUCUCUUUGGCCAUCUCAGACCUGCUGGUGGCCAUCUUGGUGAUGCCAUGGAAGGCAGCGACAGAGAUCGUGGGCUUCUGGCCCUUCGGAGCCUUCUGCAACAUCUGGGUGGCAUUCGACAUCAUGUGCUCCACAGCGUCCAUUUUGAACUUAUGUGUCAUCAGCGUGGACAGAUAUUGGGCAAUCUCAAGCCCGUUCCGCUAUGAGAGGAAGAUGACACCCAAGGUGGCAUUUAUUAUGAUCAGUGUGGCAUGGACUCUGUCUGUGCUCAUCUCCUUCAUCCCUGUGCAGUUGAACUGGCACAAGGCUGCAGUGUUGGAGCUCAACAGCACUUACGGGGAGCUGCCUCCGGACAAUUGCGACUCCAGCCUUAACAGGACUUAUGCCAUCUCCUCCUCCCUCAUCAGCUUCUACAUCCCUGUGGCAAUCAUGAUCGUGACUUACACCCGGAUUUACAGAAUUGCCCAGAUACAAAUCAGGAGGAUCUCAGCCCUGGAGAGGGCUGCGGAGAGUGCCAAGAACCGCCACAGCAGUAUGGGGAACAACAUGGAGACGGAGAGCUCCUUCAAGAUGUCUUUCAAAAGAGAAACCAAAGUCCUAAAGACCCUCUCUGUCAUAAUGGGGGUGUUUGUAUGCUGCUGGCUGCCCUUCUUUAUCCUCAACUGCAUGGUGCCCUUCUGUGAGGCCAACAGCACCUCUGAUUUCUUCUGCAUUAGCCCRGCUACAUUUGACGUGUUCGUCUGGUUCGGCUGGGCCAACUCCUCYCUCAACCCCAUCAUAUAUGCCUUCAACGCGGACUUCCGCAAAGCAUUCUCCAUCCUGCUGGGCUGCCACAGACUCUGCCCYGGCAGCAAUGCCAUAGAGAUAGUGAGCAUCAACAACAAUGGAGAACAGCCACCUGCGUCCCAGUAUCAGCCUAAAGGGCACAUUCCCAAGGAGAGAAACAAUGCCACCUAUGUGAUUCCCCACAGCAUCCUGUGUCAGGAGGAGGAGCUGCAGAAGAAGAAUGAGGUUGGGAUUAAGACCUUGGAGAAACUGUCCCCGCCUCUUUCUGAAAACGUGGACAGCGAUGCGGAUGCGAUUAAUCCGAUAACUCAGAACGGCCAACACAAAACUGUGAGAUGUUGAUUGGUGUAUGUAUUGGUGUACAAACAUAGAAUGAACCCACAGAGGGAGAGACCAGGCAGUAUGCCUAGCAAAGGUGUGGGGUGUACAAACUGAGCUUCACUGCAAACCUUAAAACUCGAAUCACUAUGGAAAUCUACAGAAUGUUUCAAAUGAAGGCACUUUAACCUGAUUAACUAUCUGCAAAACACCUUCAGCAUUUAUUAAUGAAGUAUAGACAGAUUUGUUGCUAAAUGUUCCAUAACUUGAAUAAAGAAAAAAGAAAUACACACGUGUAUACAUGUGUUGUAUUUACAAAUACGUAUARAUUUGCAUAUAUGUACAGUAGUGAUGUUACAAAUAUCCUGGAUGCCYUUAUAACAUGGAGAAAGAAGUAGAAKUAUUAGCUAAAUGUCUUGUAAGUGCUUUACAUUUAUGUAUACAYUGUGUUUCAUAUACAGAACUAUAAAGAUAAUUGGUUUUGCUAUUUUUUUUWAAAUGUCAACCACAGUGUGUAAUUAAUUGGUUUUUAUUUAUAUUAUUUAUCAUAAUAUAUUGGCGAGUUGAAGACACUUCGGUGGUAAUGACAAUUGAGUAAAAUAAUAUGACCAUAGGAUGGUGUAAAUAAUUGAAAACAACCCUCAUCAACUCUUGCAUUUACAUUCUUGUGACAAAGUGGUAAGCCUUAGAGUGGUAGGGUGGUAGUAAGGUUUUUUGCAUUUGACAUUUAGAGCACUGUGUCAAUAACUGAGGCAUGCUUUAAAUGCCUUUAAUUUUCACAGUUACAACAUCUUAUGCCAAGUAUGCCAUAUUUCUAAAUAUUUCAGUUGUAUUCCCCUUUUGUAGUAAAUGCAUUUUCCAACUGGUGUAGAUGGAGCUCAUUCUGAUUGUCCCUAUUACUCACUCCCACAAGACACUCUCCGCUUAAAAAGUGUUACCUCUUCACACUUAGGGCAUCAGUGAUCCUGUUGGCAAGUCAGGCCUCAUGAGACACUCCUUCAGGUGUGCAUCUCCUAUUCCUAAUAUAGUGCACUACUUUUGACCAGAUCCUAAAAGGCUUUUGUCAAAAGUAGAGCACUAAAUAUGAAAUAGGAUUCCAUUUCGGACGCACCCUUUUACUGUACUAAUGCAGAGAACUGAUUUUGAUUCUAUUAACGUUCUGUUGGGCACGAAGAGAAAAAAACUGCUUAGUGUGCAGCAGUAAAUGCCAUCAAUGCAUAAAAGAAAAAUGUCAAUCCUGUACCUUAUGCAAGUCACUGGUCACCCAACCGGAACACAAUUGACACUWUGUGACCUUUGCUAAACCGCUGAAAUCACAUAUUGUGAAUUGCUUAAGCUAGUGCUGUGAUGUUUUAGGUAACAGUGGGACUAUUGUUGUGCUUAUAGCUGCCAGACUGGAAGCCACCCACUGUAUGCUUUGGUCCUUUGACUCUUCUGAUCAAUUCUCUCAUUUGUACCUCUGACUGUUAKGUUGUUCUCUCUGCAGUAUUGAAAUCUAUAUUGAAUUUGACAGAUGGCAAACAAAACGUUCAUAAAAUAUGAACAAUUAUAUAGAGCUUGUGUGGUUAAGGCCUUCAUAAGGUUGUUAAUUUCAGGAGGCAUUGCAUGAAUCUACAUUGGAUGUAAUUUCACAGUGUGAAUUGGGUGCAGAACAUAUUUUCACACUCUUUACAGAAGUGUGGCAACACCACUUUAUCAUAGUUCCAUGAUGGGAAGUCCCAUGGCCAGGGGUUUGAUGUAAACAUUAACUAGAGUUAAUGCAUUGUGGUUUAGUUGUUUCCAGACGUCAACCUUGUUCUCGUAUCUCCAGCUYUAAAAGCAUAGAGUUGUCAUACAUUGAAUAGGGUAAGUCAUUGUAUUGUAUUAAGUCCUUGUAUUAAGUCAAGUAUUGGUCUCAAAAUCAUUCGUUAUUAUAUUUUGUUGUUCUGGGAAAUCAAAUUUGACAUAAAUUACAAAGGAGGAACGUUUGUGGAUCAACAUGUUACUUAUGAGUUGCCUCACUCCKCCCACUCCUGUAUUGCUCUCCUAUUGGGGUUUUAUGGCCUAAUUGUAUUAGCCUGACCCUGGAUUCUUAAUUAGAGUGUAUGUCCAUCUAUGACAAGUCUUCUAUGACAAGUGUCAAAAUAUGAACUCCCUCUGAGAAGACCUCUGCCUAUGUCAUUUUGUAGAUAAUGGUGGAACGUGCUCAUUGUUCAGCUCCACUCUAAUUGUCACAGGGUGCUAUCUAGAACCUAGACGGGUUCUUCGGCUGUCCCGA